AUGAAUAGAACAAAUGCAGAGGCUAUGAAGCUCAAUCUAUUAUACCGGGAAUUCCCUCAACAUUUUGUUUGGUCUGCAACAGAGAGGAAGUGGACACCUCGGAAACAACGAUAUGCUAUUGGUCGUGUUGUAACAUGUCAUCCAACAGAAGGUAAACGAUAUUAUCUUAGAAUGCUAUUAAUGACUAUUAGAGGACCAAAAUCAUAUAAUGAUUUUCUAACUGUUAAUGGAGAACGUUGUAGAACCUUUAGAGAAUCAGUGGAAAAACGAGGAUUGCUACAAAGCGACAAUAGUUUGCUUGAAUGCAUGUCAGAAGCAACAAGUUACCAAAUGCCAUACAGUUUGCGACGUUUAUUUGCUACAUUACUGAUUUAUUGUAAUCCUACUAAUCCAAGACAACUCUGGGAACAAUUUGAAGAGCACAUGUUCGAGGAUUAUAUGUUGGUACCCAAUAUUCAGAAAAACAAUAUUCGAUACCGAGUUUUAAACCAUAUUAACGACAUAUUACACUCUAUGGGUGGUGACAUAAAUGAAUAUCAACUCAUUCCUGAAACAAUAAGGCCUUCUGUAGCGGCAAAAGAGGCAAAGGAGCUUAAAGCAUACAAUAUAAUUAUAGAGAGAAUUUUUUCAAACAAAGCUGGGGCAUUCUUCAUUGACGGACCUGGAGGAACAGGGAAAACCUUUUUAUAUCGUGCAUUGUUGGCAACUGUACGAUCUAAAAGGUAUAUAGCAUUGGCAACUUCCACUUCCGGCGUAGCUGCAUCUAUACUUCCUGGUGGACGAACUGCACAUUCACGUUUUAAAAUUCCUAUAAAUACUGAUGAAAAUGUGACCUGCAACAUCAGCAAACAAAGCUCACUUGCCUGUUUGAUUCAGGAUGCAAAAUUAAUUAUAUGGGAUGAAGUGUCUAUGGCGAAAAAGAGAACGAUCAAACUGCUUGAUUUACUUUUAAAGGAUUUAAUGGAUUCAACGAUACUAUUCAGUGGAAAAUUUGUAGUUUUCGGAGGUGACUUCAGGCAGACAUUGCCAGUAAUUCGGAACGAAAAAAAGGAAGAUUUCAUUAACGAAUGUUUACUAUAUUCUCAUAUUUGGGAAGAACUUGAAAGGCUGCGAUUAUUCGAAAAUAUUAGAGCGAAAGAUGACCCUUCAUUUUGUAAUUAUUUGUUGCGAAUAGGAAACGGAGAAGAAAAAAUAAACUCAACAAACAAGAUUGAAAUUCCAACUUCUUUGAUCAUUCCUUAUACAACCGAAAAGGAAUCUUUGGAUAAAUUAUUCGCGAUAACUUAUCCAGACGUGCAUACAUUUUUUUCCUCCUCAUCCUAUACAAGUUCUCGUGUUAUCUUAACAACUAAGAAUGAUUUCGUCGAUGAUAUCAACGACAUGCUUGUUGCUCGCUUCCCAGAAGAAUCAAAAGCUUUUAUUGGUAUUGAUGAAACUAUCGAACCUCAUGAUCAAUCACAAUUUGAGGAUCUGUUGCACAGUUUAAAUCCACCUGCGCAAGGUCAGACAUUAGAUUUUGUUGGAGUUUAUUUGCGAGAACCUGUGUUUUCGCACGGUCAACUUUAUGUGGCUUUGUCUAGAGCAAAGAGUUCGAACUGUGUGAAAGUGCUAAUCCGACCCACUAUACCAGGUAGGGAGGACGAUCACUACACGGAUAACAUUGUCUACAAAGAAAUCAUCGAAAAAGCUACUUUAUGA